AUGUCCUGCCUUGGAAGGAGGAAUAGAAUAAUGUUAAUUUUUUUUUUCACUAAAAGUGUUUUUUCACCCCACCAACCAUCCUGUUCAGGUUCGUUAACGGAAUGUUACGACGAGCUUGGCAACCGUUACCAGCUUCCUGUUUACUGCCUGGCACCACCUCUGAACCUCAUCACUGAGAAGGGUGAUGAGGAAACUGCAGACGUACCUGAUCCUCCAGCGAAUGCCAAGCGAGAGUUCCAGCUCAAGGUGCGCCUGUCUACAGGGAAGGACGUCAAACUGAACGCCAGCAUGGCAGACACCAUUGGGCAGUUGAAGAGGCAGCUGCACACGGAGGAGGGUAUCGAACCCUCCAGGCAGCGCUGGUUCUUCUCGGGGAGGCUACUCACUGAUAAAAUGCGACUGCAGGAAACAAAAAUACAGAAAGACUUUGUGGUCCAGGUUAUAGUUAAUGAGGUAGCAGCAAUUUACUGAACUACCAGGCAAAUAUAUAUGAAAAUAUGCAAGACACUCGACUAUAUAUCUUUUAUGUAAGAAAAAACUGAAGGGCUCUAGAACGUGGUCGGCAUAGGGAGUGCACUUGAAUGUGUGGUGGUCUACCUUAGCCAUUAUCAGUUGGUCAGUCAAAUAUAGCUUAAGGCCAAAAAGCGGAACCAUUUUAAUGGAUAUCCUGUGGCCUUGAUACUCCACCUUUGGUUGGCCAAUGGAUAUUUUUGUUUGUAAAUGAAAAUGAUUUCUGUUGUUCACCCGCCUCUCUCUGUUUGUCUCUCUCUUUCUUUCAGUUUGUGUGUGUGUAUGUGUCUCUUUCUCUCUUCUUUCCCUCUCCCACCAUCCCCCCCCUCUCUCUCUCUCUCUCUGUGUAGCUAUCUGUCUGUUGAUCUGUCUCUUUCUUUCUUUUUCUGCCACCUCUUCCCCGUUCACACCACCCCAAAAAAAUGUCUGAUUAUUUCACUGUGGUCCUUUGAACCUAGGGACUUUACAGUGACAACCUUUUUAAAGGUUGCUAUAUAGUAGCAGUACUGCGAAUGUUUUACACUGGCUUUAAUCGUGCAGUGGUUGAUCACUUUUGUUUUAUGCUGUAGGUCUGUAAGGGCCCAGCUAAGUACCAAAAAUUUGCUUUUGUGUGUUUAUGUAGAAUUAUUCCAGUUGAAGUCUCAAUGUAACUGUGCUUCCAUUUUUAAAAAAGAAAUUAUUAGACUGCAGUAUAGAUUCAGCAAAAUUGAAGUUUAAAAACAGCUGCUGGAAAUAUGUAAGCAAGUCACCUUCUGUCUGUAUAGAGAAAGGAAAGGUAACAUCUUGGAUAUAAAUGUUAAAACUGGAACAUACAAAGCCCCGUUGAAUGGGAAAUCAGUCUUGUCUGGAUCUCUUUAACCGUGGAGUUUCAUGAACAAAGUGUGCACACAUUUUAAGUAAUGUCCUGUUUUCCUUUGGAUUAUGUAUGUCAAAUCCAUAGAUGUGAAUUUGUUACCUUUUUAUUGGGUGAAUCACAGUCUCCAAGAACAACUCUUUCUGGGGGCAUGCCCUUUAAGUUCCACUGUGGAAACGCAACAAGUGAUGAAUUAAAGCACAAAUGAACAUGAAGUUUCCUGAGCUGUAUGCAUAAAACUGCUACAUGUGAUCAUUGCACUGUAGCUUGAAUGUACCUUGCAUACAAGAUCAAACCCGGGGAUGGGGAGAGGAGUACUUGGAAAUGAAUGUGCUGGUUGUCUUGGACCUCCUGUUUUGAAAUGUUCAAAACAAACUGGGCCAGUAUGAGUUAUUUGCAAGUUUUACUGGAUUGUUCCUUCUCAUGACAUGGCAGAAUUAUGGGCUGAAGUCAAGGUUUUGAUUGUGCUGACUGUCCAAAGAAGCUAGUCAUGUUUUCACCCCUCGUCAUUGUACCUCCUCUUUGACUUUACUCAAUCCACAAUGCUUAUUUUCCAAUUCAGACAAAGGAUGUAAAAUGCGAAAUAUUAAGUUUUCUUCCCCCACUUCUUCCUCUUCCCCCCCCCCCCCAUUCAUCUGCUGCCUAGUCAGCUCUGUAUUUCCAUUAUUUCUGGCCAUGCCCUUCUACCCACCAAGCACAGAAUUUUUGAGAGCAGGAAUACUGUAUGCUGUGGGACCACAUUGUACAUUCAAGAUUUUGUGACUUAAUUCGUAGUCAACUGUUCAUUGUUUGCUGAUCACAGCUGUGAUGAUGGAAUGGCAUGUCUGUGGUUUGGCCUCAGGAUCAUUUAAUCUUGGCUCCUAAGAGGCUACGCCCGUCUAGCUUUGGGAUGAGGAUAGAACCUGACUCGGGUGGAUCUAGCUCUGUUGAAGAGUUUAUUAAUAGUUCCAUCCUUGUUCACUCAAAGACAGGUUUAUUGGUUGAAAAAUGGCUUCCCUUUCCCCAUGUACUUACUGGGAACUGAUACCCUGUUGCAUUCAACUGUCACAACAAUAAGGUCUUUUAAUCUCCAGCAUUAACUCCCAUUUUAAAAACACACAUUUUAACCUAUUUCUUUGGCUGACAACUUAAUGAGGGAAUCUAUAAAGAUCUUUCUUUACAUGCAUAUGAGGUGAAAAAUAUAAAUACGAUAUUGAAAUUAUCUUGUCCAAGACUCUUAUCUUUUGUUUACUUUAGUACUAUAAACAAACGUCCUUUCCUUUCACAAAAAAUGUAAAAUUCCAGAUAGCCUUUCUCAGGAUAUACAGGAAGUAUUCAGGAGAUCCAGUAGAUUCAGAGCUGGAGAGGAAGGUUGAUGACUCUCAGUACUGUAACAGUAACAUACAGAGGAGAAGAAAACAAAAGGGAUUCAUGAGUAGGAGGAGGAUAGGAAAAAUUAAAUCAGGGAGGCUGGUGCAAACCUAAAAGAAGUGGCAAUAGGCUAAAUAAAGAAAUAAAAAGUGCUUUUGAUGGAGAGUUUUUUUAAAAAAAUGUUUCAUUAGAAUUCAGAAAUGUAAGACUGCAUUUGACACAGUGUGGCAUUAAGGAGCCUGAACAAAACUGGUGUCAGUGGGAAUUGGGAAGAACUCAAUUGGUUGGAACCAUUCCGAGUAAAAAAGGAAGAUAGUUGUGGUUGUUGGAGGUCAGUCAUCUCUCCUGCAGGAUGCUACUGCGGACAUUCCUCAGGGUAGUGUUCUAGGCCCAACCAUCCUCACUAUUUCAUUGAUGACCUUCCCUCCACCAUAAGAAUGCUCCCCAGCACUGUUUCUGCCAAGUCCCAUACUCAAAUAGUCCAUGCUCAAAUGCAGAAAGAUCUGGACAACAUCCACCUUGGGGCUGACCCGUGAUAACAUUUGCACCUCAAGUGCCAGGGAAUGACCAUCGCCAACAAAAGAAGAACGUAACCAUUGUCCUUCGCAUUCAAUGCCACUGCCAUUGCUGAGUUUUUCCAUUUAUUAACAUUCUGGGUGUAACCACUGACCAGAAAAUCAUAUAAAUACAAGAGUAGAUGAGAGGCUAGGAACUUCACCGUUAGUAAUUUGCUUCCUGACUUCCCAACAUCUGUCCACCAUCUACAAGGCACAAGUCAGGACUGUGAUCAAAUGCUCAUUCACUUGCCUGAAUGAGUGCAGCCCUAAAAGAACACUGAACAGGUUGACACCAUCCAGAACAAAAUAUCUCACUGAAUUGGUGCCACAUCUACCAAUAUUCAUUCCUUCCACCAAAGAUGUUCAGUAGUAGCAGUGUAUAACAUUUGCAAAAAUAUUGCAGAAAGUCAAGGCUCCUUGCAUAUGGGCCUUCUAAACCCAUACCCACUUUCAGCUUGAAGGACAAGGCCAGCAGAUAUACGGAAACACCACCAACUGCAAAUUUCCUUCCAAGCCAUUCACUAUCCUCAUUUGGAAAUAUAUUGCCAUUCCGUCAGUGUCACUGGAUUAAAAUCUUGGAACUCCUUCCCUAAUAGCAUUGUGCACGUGUCUACUCCAGAUGGACUACAGUUCAAGAAGGCAGCUCACCACCAUCUUCUCAAGGGCCGACUAGGCAUAGGCAAUAAAUGUUGGCCCAGCCACAUUUCAUGAAUGAACUAAAAUAAAUUUCUGCUUCUUUCUCUACAGAGACAGCCAGACCUGCAGAGUAUUCUCCUGUUUCCCCCAUUCCACCGCCAUCAUAUUUCUAGCAUCUUCAGCCUUUUACUCUCUCAAUAUUAAAACACAUUAAUAGGAGAGGCAGUUUCGAAUUGUGGUGGAGCCCUAACUUCCCACCCCUCUUUUCCAACUCCCACCCCCAAACCCCAAGUAGUACCAUCUAUCCAGUGUGGAAUUUUGACAUUAAAAAGCCAACUUGAUUCUUGAUAUUUGUUUGCUUGCUGGUGGUGGGAUGUUGGGAGGACUUGGGAGCAAAGCUGCAAAAGAAAUGAAGGUGCAACAGCAGUAUGAUUGUUCCAUUGGCCAAGGAAGAUUGACUGGAGAGGUGGUGUGUGUUGUGUACUAUAGAAAUGUACAUAUACUGGUUCCUAAAGUGAUUUAUGUUAACCCUCCUGAAUUAUAGGGGAGAGGUGGUGGCGAUAGAACCGGAUCCCAAAAGCUUUGAUGUCUGGCAUCCCUCUUUGUAGCACAACUAUACCUUCAAAAGGAUGCAUGUCCAGUUUGUCUUCACAAACACUGCAAAAUUGUGGGCUUGAGUUUUGCUUUGAUUUCACAGUUCUGUCAUUAUAUUAUUGAAAACCAUUUCUGUUGAGCUGCAGAUCAUUGUCACCCAGUGGCAGGAACUUGUAACUUCAGUCCUCACUCCUGCCACCCCACCCCACCCCACCCCACCCUACCCUACCCCCAUGUCAGUGCAGCCAUUUCCAGAGUGAAACAGUCUACAAACCUAGUUAAAGAAAACAAGUGAUUUGUUUUCUUUGUUUCUGAGCUGUGCAGUCAAUGUGACUUCAAUAUCCAUGGAUGAGGCUGCCCUGAGAAGGUAUUUCUCAGCCCUGCUCUCCUUACCACCUAGCUAUAGAAGUAUAUCAGGCAUAUGGGUGGUAAUGGGGACCCAAUUGGUGUGACAAGGUACUAUACACCCCCAUUAAAAUGACCAGUUACCUGUUUCAGUCACCUUAUUAGGGGUGGGGGAAUCAAUUUGGUGAUAUAAAUUAUUAGCAAGUGGUAUCAGCUACAAAGUACUUGAAUUGGCCUGUGCCAGUUACUGUGUUCCCUGUCUCUUCCAUGGGAUGACAUGGCCAUAGUGAUAGAGUCUGCCCGUAUGAGCUUCCCUUACCUUGGUUACUCAGGCAGGACCAUUUCUGAACCAGAUGGAUUUUUACAACAGUUGAUGGUACUUUCUCUGUCACUGUUUUUGAAACACCUUUAAAUUACAAAUUUGUUAAUCAAAUUUAAAUUCCACCAGCUGCCAUGGUAAGAAUCCUUUGGAGUACAAGUCCAGUGACAUGAUUGCUACCACACCAAUUCCCAGAUUUUAUAAAGAAAUUAGGUGAAAUAACAGCAGAUUCUGUGCUCAGAUUCAGCUGGAAGGUGGUGGGAAGAAUGUAGCAAGAGGUUGGGGCAUACCGAAGGUUCAGUGGUGGAUUCUGGAACAAUGAAAGAAAUUCUUUCCUCUUACUUCUCUCCAACGCUACCCCUAAAAAAAUUGAAAUGGCAAAUGUUCUUCUCCGCUGGGUCAUUCGAUUGUUUAAGUGCUGAUGCAGUACUCCCCAGUGGCUGCCUUGAGCUGCGUACUCUAUUGCAAUACAGACUCCUGUGUUUAGGUACUUUGGGAGUCUAAUGUGUAUAAAUAUUAGAUGACUCGUGUGAAUAUUUAGCUCCUCUGAACUGGAUUGUUUUGAUAAUAUAAAUUCUAAUUAUAAAUCUGUACAAGUUCUUUAUAGUAUGUACAUAUAUGAAAUGGCUACAAUAGUUUUGAUUCUUAAAUGCCUAUUCACAAUGAAGCCCUGAGAAAUACAUUAACAGAUCAGUUAAGUUUG